GCUCCCCGCUCAUCUAUGUGAUCUGAUGUGUUUCCGGUUAGUGGCCACUAAGAGUGGUUGUGCACGAGCAGAGUUCCAGAAAAAGAGGUGUCAAACCCAGGUCUGGCAACGCGGAGGGCGCAGGAAAGCCGCGCGCCGUCGGUCCCGUCCGAAGCGACAGCACGCGAGCGUCGCCUCCCCACCACACGUCAACAAGUCGACUCGCAAAAAUGUUCUCACUUUCGCGGCAAAUCAGCGCGUUGUCAUGGAUACCUAGAUAGCGUUUCCCGGUUCUUUUGUCGUGUUUGGAACGGGACGGGUCUUUCAUCUCUCGAAGAGGGGAGCCGGUAUGGAUCAGAGCGAAGAUGACAGCGUCUCCCUGUCACCGAGCCUGCCCUCUCCGCCUCUGCUCCCGCUGCAGGCGGCGCACCACAGAAACACCAACUUUUUCAUCGACGACAUCCUCAGACCGGACUUCGGCUGCAAACGGGAGCGUCGUCCGGCGGUCCCCGGCGCUCCGUGUCCGGACUCCGGCUGCGGUACCGACGGCGUUUCGUCGUCUGCCUCGUCCGCCGGCUCGUCCCCGGCCAGAAGAAGGCGUUCCAAGGCAGACGAGGCGGACAGAGGGGACGCGGGGAGACCCGGGGUCGUGUCGGCGUCUUCUGCUGCUCAGAAUAGCCCGGGUGAAGAGUCCUCGCCCGGUAAAGACGGCCAGCAGUUUAUGUGGCCCGCCUGGGUUUAUUGCACGAGAUACUCUGAUCGACCUUCAUCUGUCUCCACGCAAGGCCCGAGGACCCGGAAAUUGAAAAAGAAGAAAAACGAGAGCGAGGACAAGCGACCCAGAACGGCGUUCACGGCCGAGCAGCUCCAGAGACUGAGGGCCGAGUUCCAGGCGAGCCGCUACAUCACGGAGCAGCGGCGGCGGGCCCUGGCGCGCGAGCUCCAGCUCAACGAGGCGCAAAUCAAAAUCUGGUUCCAGAACAAACGGGCUAAAAUCAAGAAGGCCGCCGGACUCAAGAACGACCUGGCGAUGCAGCUCAUGGCGCAGGGACUGUACAACCAUUCCACCACCACCGUUCAACAAGACGGCAACUAGCCGCGAAGACAGACUCCGGUCACCGGAGCAGACGGAACGUUAUAGUUACUUCAUCGACCUGUUUGGUCUUUUUUUUUUUACCACAAAAACGGACCGCGCUGGUUGUUGUUUGCCGCUAGUCAAAUCAGACACUUUACAUGUAAUCAUGAUUUGUUUUUUAUGCUGUUUAAAGCAAUAUUUCUUCGUGCCAAAGAUGUUAUUCGAUCAAAGUAUCCAGUAUAUAUUUUUUUCUUUGAUUAUGGGGAUGCGGGUAUAAUGGGAGACUUAUCCGAUAUCAGAUAUUAUUCUUUGCGAGAUAUUUAAUAUUGUAUCCAAAUAAACCUCUUUUGUACAUGCAAA